ACUGUGUAAGGGAUAGGUGUCCGAUCCCAAGCAAAAACAAACAAAAAAUUUAUAUAUUUCCGAGAGACAAUUUCUGUGCGGAAAUAAUUUUAAAUUCUCGACAGAAUGUCAGCGUAUUUCGCACGCCUGUUCAAGGCGCAGGCUGCCUCCAAGCAUCGUCUCAUCUCGCAGUUGUCGCAGCACAAGGGAAAAUUUAGUUCCCUGCUGCGUCGCAUGGGACUGCAGAAGUGGGCGGAAACUGCAUCCAUGAAACGUCAAAUUUCCACAACACCAGUACGCAUGGCAGAAAUGGCUGAUGACUUGGAACUGGCCACCGGCAUUGCCAAGCGAGAGAUGCUGCUGAAGGAACAGGGCUGCGGUGAUCCCUGGGGUCUGGGCAAGAUACUAAAGCGUGGCUCUGGCAGGCUGAAUGAUCCCACAGAAAUACCCUCAGCAUUUGAUGGUCGCCUUGUGGGCUGUUUGUGCCUGGACGAUCGUUUUGCCAAGUGGAUGUGGCUGGAGAAGGGAGCACCGAAGCGUUGCGAGUGCGGCCACUACUUUGUGCUGAAGAAAGUGCCACCCGUUUAGGG